GUCGAUGGGAAAACGAAGAUGAGAAUCGCUGUGAUAUUUUGGAUGCACAAGAACCCCCUGCAGCUAUAUCAAACUGACACCUCACUCACAGGCACAUCGCACAAGAUGUGGUGAGACCCGAGGAAUGAUGUCAAUAGGACCAUCGAGAGCCAAGAAAUGCGGCACAAAUCCAGCCGUGGCAGGAUCGCUUAGCGCUUGCUAGGCACAGCAUUAGGUCGCAGGCACUGAAUCUUGACUUUACUGGGCGAUGCUCUAAAUCCUUGGCGAUUGGGGAAAGAGUAGAACGGCAUCCUAGACACGUGAUGCCAAAAUUCGAGAUCCAAUCAAGGCAGGCACAAGCUCCGAGUUCACCUCACCUCCAUCUCACAUCACAUCACAGGCAGGGACACCCAGGCGUUCUUUCCGCACUAGUUCACUUGACAGGGGCACACUCUCCCUCCUUCUACCUGACAAACUACGGCGGACCCAUUUUACUUCUGCAGAUUCAACGUCAUCUCAACCACCUUCUCUCGUUCUUCUCACUACAGACUUCGCGCGGAAGCAAUCAAAUUUGCCGGCGUACUCCAACACAACCUCUCAUCUUCGACGGAUCUGAGGUCGAUCCCACCCUCUUCGCAUUCGAGCGAACCCUCCAGCGAUGAUUUCCGACCGAUAGAACGUGUGCUAACUUGUCUCCCCACAUCCAGGUUUCGAAUCCUUCCUACCUGGCACGACUGCCACCACUCGAAAUCAAACAUGAGAUCUACACCCAAGUGAGAUUGGUCUCACCACACCCUGCCUUACGAGGACCGACCUCCUCCUUUCGCUCCAACAGCCAACACGAUCCUUCUCCGAACAUGAAGCUAUCCUCCCUGUCACACCGUCUGCAAGCGCAGACAUGGGAAGCGUCAUGACGUCGUCCAAGAUCCUCCAACGCCUGCCGGUAAGUGAGAACGAACUUGUUGAUCUGCCGCUUCAGUUCCAUUUCCUAUUGUCCCAACUCUCGGCAUUGUACCAUUUCUAGCGGGUUUCUCCCCCGCAUUCAAGCCCAUCCCCGCUCUUCAUUCAACCCACAGGUGCGACCGCUCUAGCCUUCCACCUUCGCGGUGUCGUUCGAGGUGAAGCUUGACGGAGAAGUCUCCGAUUACGUCGUUGAACAAAGCUACCUAUCUUCAUUUCCAUUCCUUGGCGAUUAUCUCAGUACAUAAGGAGCCAAGCUGUCCCAAGCCGGGAGGCUACCUUGGCUGUCUUGGAAUUCAAUUCUACCCACCCAUCUCUUCUACAGUUUCUCACCUGCACCCCUUUGCCAGGACGUUCCUCUCUCGUGGCAGUGUCCAGACUUCCAGCUGGGUUCACCCCCCAAAUACCGGCAUACAAUUAUCUUCUCUACCAGGCUGAGUCUCAAUUGUCGUCACCGUCAAGAUGGCUUCGGAUCCGAAGCGAGAAAAGAUUGGCGACCAAUCGUUGUCAGACCAUGCCGAGACCGAUUACGCUCACUUGGACCAUCCAGGACGGCCGUCCGAGGCCACGGCGGUUGAUGAGGAAGAGAGAAAGCGUCUAGAGGCUUCGCGCAAGCUGGAGAACCCUCUUGCCGGCUUCACGCCCGAACAGUUGAGUCAAAAAGGCGAGGACUACUGUCAACAACAUGGCAUUACCGACCAAGAAGACAUUCGGGCUUUUCGCCUCGGCGCCAUGAUCGCUGGAAAUAUGAACAAGUACGAUAGUAUGACUGAGAUCACUGCCGAUGAACGAGCAGUGCUUGACGGCGAGUCUACUCACAAGUGGAGGAACCCCAAGAUGCUCUAUGGCGUUGUUGCCGUUUGUUCAUUCUGCGCCGUCGUCCAGGGUAUGGACGAGACUGUUGUCAAUGGCGCCCAGUCCUUCUACAAAAAGCAAUUCGGCAUCGGAGGAGAGACUGAGCGAGACACCUGGCUCCUUGGCCUGACAAACUCUGCUCCAUAUCUCUGCUGCGCCAUCAUCGGGUGCUGGCUUACAGAACCUAUGAACAAGCGGUUUGGUCGUCGUGGCACCGUUUUCAUCUCCUGUCUCAUCUCUGCCCUCGCCUGUUUCUGGCAGGCAUUCACCAACACUUGGUGGCACAUGUUCAUCGCCCGUUUCUUCCUCGGUUUUGGUAUCGGCCCCAAGUCUGCCACUACUCCCAUCUUCGCCGCCGAAUGUGCGCCUCCUCGCCUGCGUGGCGCCCUCGUCAUGCAAUGGCAACUGUGGACAGCCUUUGGCAUUAUGAUGGGAUACGUUGCCGACUUGGCUUUCUACUACGUGCCUGACAGAGGUGGUAUUGUCGGCCUCAACUGGAGGCUGAUGAUGGGCAGCGCCAUGCUACCUGCUGUUUUUGUUUGCGCAUGCUGCUACAUGUGUCCCGAGUCCCCUAGAUGGUACCUGACCAAGAACCGCCACUCCGACGCCUACAAAUCCAUGUGCCAGUUACGCUUCAAGAAGGUGCAGGCUGCCCGCGAUCUCUUCUAUGCCAAUGCCCUUCUACAAGCCGAGAAGGAGACACAAGGCAUCGGUAAACACAACCGUUUCCUAGAGUUUAUUACGGUACGCCGUAAUAGAAACGGUAUGAUUGCGAGUGAGGUUGUUAUGUUUAUGCAACAAUUUUGCGGCGUGAACGUUAUAGCUUAUUACAGCUCUGAGAUCUUCCUGGCGGCCGAGUUCAGCGAAGUAAGUGCCUUGUCGGCGUCUCUUGGCUUUGGCAUCAUCAACUGGCUCUUCGCUCUUCCGGCUUUCUACACGAUUGAUACUUUCGGACGGCGCAACUUACUCUUGACAACCUUCCCAUUGAUGGCCAUCUGUCUCUUUUUUACUGGAUUCUCAUUCUAUAUACCUACAAACCCCGCCAAGAUCGCCUGCAUCGCCCUGGGUAUCUAUCUCUUCGGCAUGGUCUAUUCCCCUGGCGAGGGACCAGUACCUUUCACUUACUCGGCCGAGGCAUACCCGCUGUACAUCCGGCCCAUCGGCAUGUCUCUGGCGACGGCCACGACGUGGUUCUUCAACUUCCUCCUUGCCGUCACCUGGCCUUCUCUUCAGGCGGCCUUUACGCCGACGGGCGCCUUUGGGUGGUAUGGCGGUUGGAACAUCAUCGGCUUCUUCCUGGUGUUGUUCCUCGUCCCGGAGACUAAGGAGAAGACCCUCGAGGAGCUGGACGCCGUGUUCAGCGUUCCCUCGCGAACAUUCGCUCGAUACGGGCUCGCGCAGUUCUUCUACUUUUGGAAGAGGUAUGUCUUCAGACAAGAUGUUAGUCCGCCUGCUGUGCCGCAUGCUGGAGGGGUUAACUACCAUCGGGACUCGUUUAAGGAAGAGAAGCAGCACAAUCCAACUGCUCGUGUCUAAUGAGGGCCAUUGGAGGGGUGCUUGAGCGUCGGAAACGACUCUUGCUACCAGCAGCAUGGAAUGGCCUAAAAGAUCUGUGAAGGAUGGCCGCUGUAUGCUGCUGGCGUGAUGACACCACUAUCUAUUUCUUGACAAAAACUUGGAAGGUGUAAUGUAUAUCAGGU